UCCCUUUGACCCUCCCAAGACCGUCUGGUGUGAAGAUACAACUUCAAGUUUCUCAUUCCAAUUAUGGACCUGACCAACUCUACUGAUUACCUCCUCAAUGACUCUACUUUAAUAAGAAACAGAACUCACAUCUCAGCUUCUGCCUCAACAGUGAUUGUUGUAGUUCUUUUGUUUAUGUCAUUUUUAAUUGGCACGAUCACCAAUGGUCUCUAUCUAUGGGUGCUAAAAUUCAAAAUGAAAAAGACUGUCAAUACUCUCUUGUAUUUUCAUCUCAUUCUCUCCUAUUUUAUUUCAAUAUUAUUUUUGCCAUUUUUGGCCAUCUCUCACCUUCAAGACAAUCACUGGAGCUUUGGAAGGGCCACGUGCAAGAUCUUCAACAGCAUUUUGUAUGCAGCAAUGUUCGCCUCUGUCUUCUUCAUCUCAGCCAUCAGUGUUGAUCGUUACCUUCUCACUUUUCACCCGGUGUGGUCACAACUGCAUCGAACCCCACGCUGGGCUUCCAGCAUCAUCCUGGGAAUCUGGAUCUUUGCUGCUGCCCUUGGCAUGCCCUAUGUGGUUUUCAGGGAGACACAUACUGACCAUAGAGGAAGGGUGACCUGCCAAAACAACUAUGCUGUGUCUACUAACUGGGAGAGCAAAAAGAUGCAAACAUUAAGGAAAUGGAUUCAUGUAGCCUGUUUCAGCAGUCGCUUCUUGCUGGGCUUCCUUCUGCCUUUCCUCAUCAUCACCUUUUGUUAUGAAAGAGUAGCCAAAAAGAUGAAAGAGAGGGGACUGUUGAAAUCCAGCAAGCCCUUCAAAGUCAUGAUGACAGCCAUUGUCUCCUUCUUUGUGUGUUGGAUGCCCUAUCAUGUAUACCAAGGCUUACUUCUCACUGAAAACAGAUCUCUGUUUUUCCAGUUGACUCUCUUACUCACAGUGGUAACUACUACCUUCAAUACUGUGUUUUCUCCCACACUCUACCUCUUUAUUGGGGAGAACUUCAGAAAAGUUUUCAAGAAGUCUGUCCUUGUUCUUUUUGAGUCAACAUUCAGUGAGGAUUCCUUGUCAGAAAGGACAGAAAACCUAAAUUCAGAAGCCGACAUGUAAAUUUUGGAUCCCAGAGCAAACAGUGGG